CGGUCAGCUUUACACUCCUCCGAUCUAGGUUACAUUGGCUCUCGGCUUUGUGCAUAUAUCGGUGCAUUGAACCGCUCUACCCACAUCUCUGUCCUUCCAAAAACUGAACACUACAAAGCUCAGCGCAUCCUCGUGCCCACCGUUCAACUCGACCUCCGCGGUUCCGGCGAUCUGAGCUUAUUUACUCAUGGAGGCUCGAAAAACACAUCUCCGCCAUAUGGCGGGCACUGCCGUUGGGAUGAUUUUGAAGCCGUCUCGUGGACUGCGGGACGAUAUAUUGCGUGCAGGUGGAAAACCCAAAGACCAUAAUAAAGAAAAUCGACAACGGUUGAAAGAACUGGAGAAGGCUAAUAAAGCGAAAAAGGAGGAAACAUCAAAACCAAGUCCUCCGCGGUUUAAACUGAAACAGUUUGAAGACGUAUCAUCCAAAUUGCAAACACGGCGAACAAGCUCCGUUGAAACUCUGGUCUCUGGAACUCCGGAAUCAUCCCGACCAUCAACGGCGAACUCAUCAAAGACAACCGAAUCCAAAAAGAACUUUAUUCACAUCAACGCAAUGAAGGCAAAGCAGCCAUCACCUCGGACACCGCGCCGACCUGAGCCAGUUUCCGUUGAAAGAAAGACAAAAAAGGGAGACAUACCCAAAUACCUGGUAGAUCGGAAGCUGGAGUGGGCGAGAAAGGAGCAGGAGCGGUUAAAUGGCUUGGAGGAGGAAAAAAUACCAUCAGGAAUGAUAUUGGUUCCAGAAUACGAGCGACUAGACACGUUGCAAGCUCUAGAGAAAAAACAAAACGAGCUACUGGAAGCGCUAUCAAAGUUUCCCGUAAUCAUCGAAACAGUCAGCAUGAAAAAGCGUAAAGCUCUCAUAGAAGCACAACUAAAGGAGGUCGAGGCUGCUAAGGAACAUUUCUCACGAAAGACAGUAUAUAUUACAAAAGAGGACGGUGCGCAGUCUUCAGAUGAUGAGGUUGAAACCGGAGUAGGAGUAUGGGACCGCGCUCGAAGAGCGGUCAACCAGCCUAUGAGAAAAGUGUCUACUGGCACACAGUCAGUCCGAUGACUCGUAUGAUGAUAAUGUAAUAUGUGUUGAUGGUGUGAGUAGCUGAUAAUGAUGAGCUGCCUUCGCGUUCUGGCGGCCCAUUACAUAAUAAGAACGUAUUUGUUUGUAUCCUAUUUACAAUUAUUGACGACUUUAAU